AUGUGGUGCCGUCUUUUGUCAAAGCGCGGUUGGAUCGAGUCUUCAACGAUCCUCGACAACUUGCAUUCGAUCGUUUACGUUGCGUUGUUCUACCAAGUUUGCUUCUUAUUGGGUAAAUGGUUUGUUUUCCCUGUGUUUGUUCAUUGGAGUCACCGUAAGGACGAGCAAAAGAGACGUAAACUUGUCCACCAGAGCUCAGUGCACUUUGUUUCGUUCAUUCAGAGUAUUGUAAUCCUAUAUGUGGCAGUUGAAUGUAUGUGGUCUGAAAAUUACAGGUUAGAGUACCCCACUGCAUUAGAUCGGAUCUUUACGAGUCAUCGGGAUACUGAAGUAGUUUGUAUCUUUGCCGUGGGUUACUUUACUUGGGACAUCUACAUUUCUACCUUUUACUCAACUUUACCAUUUGUUCUACACGCAGUGGUUUCCACCCUGGUUUUUUGCAUUGGUCUUAAGCCCUACAUCCAAUACUAUGCUCCAGUAUUUCUACUCUUUGAACUCUCAAAUCCAUUCCUAAACAUUAGGUGGUUCGCACAAAGGUACCUACCUCGGAACAACCUGGUUCUCAAUUGUCUACAAACACUAAACAAUAUCACAUUACUCGUGGUAUUCUUUCUAGCGCGGAUCUGUUGGGGUUGGUUGCAAAUCGGUAAACUAGUCUACGAUUUCUACCAAGUGCACACAGACCCCAGAUUUUUGAAGUUAGAAACACUGAUCAUUGUUGGUGGGAAUCUAGUGCUCGAUGUACUAAAUGUCGUAUGGUUCUCAACAAUGGUAUCGAUCGCCAUCAAGACUAUAUGCAACAAGAACAAUAAAUAG